CCCCCAUACAGCUGAACCCACCUGAACCCCAACUCCCAGACCUGACCCCCUGAACCCACCUGCACCUACACCCUAAGACCUGACCCCCUGAACCCACCUGCACCUACACCCAAGACCCCAUGAACUCCCAGACUCCCAAACCCACCUGCACCUACACCCCCAUACAGCUGAACCACUGUCGCUCCCCGUCUUCAUGGAGGAACGACACAGGACCCUGCGCUGUUCUUUUGUCUGCUCGGCCCUCCCCGGGUUUGCUGCUGGUUCUUCCCGGGUUGGCGGUUCCCCCUAGCCACUUUCCCCACUUCCGCGGGGGAGCGGCACACCGCCGGCCGGCUCUCUCGGGGGCUGCACAGGUGUUCCUUCAGAUAGAUGUUCCCCUUAGAUGUUCCUGGUGCAUGUCGUCUCUCUCCUCCUUUAUAGUCCUCUUCCACCAAUCCCAACUCUGCUGCCCACACGCCGAGUACGCUGCUCUCCUCCAAUCAGGAGCAGGUCCUACAGUUUAUUGGUUGAACUGGAGGCAGCUGUGUAGAAACUGUUUCCUCCUCUCCCAGUGCCAUAUUGUGGGAGAGCAGAUGCACAGAAUAAGUCUUAAUUCCAGUAACUUAGUCUAGUCCGAGUUGCUCCCAGUUGCUCCCCACAGAUCCCCCUUUCUUUUUAUUUUUGGCGUUGAUACGCACCUGUCUUCGGUGCCCCGCGGCACACACUCUGCUCUACUUGCUAGAGUUGCCCACAGGUGCUUACAAGCCCUACCAAUCAGGCAAACCGAAUCCGGGUCCUCUCUUCGCCAUGUUGUGAGGAGGUUUUUAGGCGCUGAUGCGUGCCUGUGUUCGGUGCCCUGCAGCACAUGCUCUGCUAGAACUGCCUGCAGGUGCUUACAAGCCCUACCAAUCAGGCAAACCAAAUCCAAGCCCUCUCAUUGCCGUCUUGUGGGGAGACUUAUUGGUGUUAAUUCAUGCCUGUCUUCGGUGACCUGCGGCGCAUAAGCUGCUAGCCGCCCGCAGGUGCACACCACCUCCCUAAUCAGGCAGACUGAAUCCAAGCUCUCUCAUUGCCAUGUUGUGGGGAGGCCUUAUUUUUCUCUAUUUCUCUAUCUCCGGGCAUUCCUAUUUCUCCUAUUUUACUUCUAUCUGCCAGCAUUCCUAUUUCUCUCAUUUUACUUCUAAACUUCUGUUUCUCUUAUCCCCGCGGCUUCCCGGCGCCCGCCCCGAGGCUGCUUCUCGGUGCCUCCCCCGCAGCGGCUUCCCGGCUCUGAGCCGCUUCCCGGCUUUGUGUGCUCCGCGGUCUCCAUGCCCUUCGCGCCCGCACCACGGCCUUCGCGCCAGCCCCGCGUUCCCUAUCUAUUCACGCCCCAUGCUCUCUCUGCACGCGGCGGCUUCCGCGAAUCACACAGCCUAGCUCACGUUUCCGCCACCGGUAUUCAAUCUAAGUUCCCCGGGCUAACCUGGCGAAUUCAACCUAUAGCUUACGUUUCCGCCUUACGGUUUGGCUUCCCGUCUUUUGCUCCCCAGGCUAAUCUGACGGAUUCCAACCCAGCUCACGCGUCCACCUCUAGUUCCAGAUUUUCGCCUUUUGUUCCCUGGGCUGACUUGAAGAAUUCCAACCUGGCUUACGUCUCCGCCUCGGCCUGCCCCCGCGGCUUCAUCCUCCCUAACAUAUUUUUCUCUACCCGGUAUGUUUCCUAACUUUUCUUCCAACAAUAUUCCCCUCUCACUUCUGGCUUCUCCCCACAGUCCAUAUCCGAGUCUAAGUUUCUUCUAGGUUUCACUUUCACUUUCAACCUGCAGUCCAUAUCUGAGUCUAAGUUUCUUCUUGCUUUCGCUUUAAAUCCUAACUUCUUUCCCACAGUCCGUAUCCAAGUCUAUGCCUAGGUUUUCAAUAGCUUCUUCCGGCACCUUUUCUGUCCGGCUUUUCCCUAGGCUCUUUGCUAGUCUCUCUCUCCGGUAUUUUCCCACUUCUUCCCUCUUCUUCCCUCCUGGGUUUCCUAUCCGAGUCAUGGCACCAUUAUGUCGCUCCCCGUCUUCAUGGAGGAACGACACAGGACCCUGCGCUGUUCUUUUGUCUGCUCGGCCCUCCCCGGGUUUGCUGCUGGUUCUUCCCGGGUUGGCUACUGACCCUUCCACCUCCAUGGAAGGGCGGUUCCCCCUAGCCACUUUCCCCACUUCCGCGGGGGAGCGGCACACCACCGGCCGGCUCUCUCGGGGGCUGCACAGGUGUUCCUUCAGAUAGAUGUUCCCCUUAGAUGUUCCUGGUGCAUGUUGUCUCUCUCCUCCUUUAUAGUCCUCCUCCGCCAAUCCCAACUCGGCUGCCCACACGCCGAGUACGCUGCUCUCCUCCAAUCAGGAGCAGGUCCUACAGUUUAUUGGUUGAACUGGAGGCAGCUGUGUAGAAACUGUUUCCUCCUCUCCCAGCGCCAUAUUGUGGGAGAGCAGAUGCAUAGAAUAAGUCUUAAUUCCAGUAACUUAGUCUAGUCCGAGUUGCUCCCAGUUGCUCCCCACAAACCACCUGCACCCCACACUCCCAGACCUGACCCCCUGAACCCACCUGCACCUACACCUCCAGACCCCAUGAACCUACUUGCACCUACACCCCCUGCACCUACACCCCAAGACCUGACUUUCUGAACCCACCUGCACCCACACCAGUCAUCUCAGGAGAGAUGGUCCUGUACUUUGAAGUCUGAAGAAAACAACCUAACCUGAGCCAAUGGCUCAGAGCCUGGCCCUGCCCUCAGACCCGCCGGGGCUGCUCCCAGCCCUGCCGCUUGGCCACGGGCCAGGGGGCUGCCUCUGCUGUCCCUGGGCUGUCAGGGGGAUGAAGUCAGAGGGCAGAGGAGUCAGGACAGGCCUGUGUCUGGAGGGGCCUCCGGGAGCGCCAGGGCCCUCUCCCAAGAGCAGAGAGCAUUCAUGCAGAGUCCUGGGCCUUGUGCGGAGGGUGGCCGGGGCAGGGCUCCUACCGGGACCCCCAGCCGCCCUCCUAGAACCAGCUCUGGACCCUCUUCCUGGGUCUCAGCUGGGCAUCUCCCUGUGGGGAGCAAAGCCCAGGCACCGCUGUGGGGAGCUGAGCCCAGGCCCUGCUGUGGGAAGCGGGGUGCAGGACACCAGCACAGGAACCAGGGGCAUCGGGUGUGGGGAGCAGAGCCCAGGCCCCGCUGUGAGGAGCAGAGCCCAGGCGCCGCUGUGGGAAGCGGGGUGCAGGACACCAGCACAGGAACCAGGGGCAUCGGGUGUGGGGAGCAGAGCCCAGGCCCUGCUGUGGGGAGCAGAGCCCAGGCCCCGCUGUGGGAAGCGGGGUGCAGGACGCCAGCAUAGAAACCAGGGGCGUCGUCCUGUGGGGAGCAGAGCCCAGGCCCCGCUGUGGGAAGCGGGGUGCGGGACGCCAGCACAGGAACUAGGGGCGUCGUCCUGUGGGGAGCAGAGCCCAGGCCCACUGUGGGGAGCAGAGCCCAGGCCCCGCUGUGGGAAGUGGGGUGCAGGAUGCCAGCAUAGAAACCAGGGGCGUCAUCCUGUGGGGAGCAAUGCCCAGGCCCCGCUGUGGGAAGCGGGGUGCGGGACGCCAGCACAGGAACCAGGGGCAUCGUCCUAUGGGAGCAGAGCCCAGCCCCGCUGUGGGGAGCAGAGCCCAGGCCCCGCUGUGGGAAGUGGGGUGCAGGACACCAGCACAGGAACCAGGGGUAUCGGGUGUGGGGAGCAGAGCCCAGGCCCCGCUGUGGGGAGCAGAGCCCAGGCCCCGCUGUGGGAAGUGGGGUGCAGGACGCCAGCAUAGAAACCAGGGGCGUCGUCCUGUGGGGAGCAGAGCCCAGGCCCCGCUGUGGGAAGUGGGGUGCAGGACGCCAGCAUAGAAACCAGGGGUGUCGUCCUGUGGGGAGCAGAGCCCAGGCCCCGCUGUGGGAAGCGGGGUGCGGGAUGCCAGCACAGGAACUAGGGGCGUCGUCCUGUGGGGAGCAGAGCCCAGGCCCACUGUGGGGAGCAGAGCCCAGGCCCCGCUAUGGGGAGCAGAGCCCAGGCCCCGCUGUGGGGAGCAGAGCCCAGGCCCCGCUGUGGGAAGUGGGGUGUAGGACACCAGCACAGGAGCCAGGGGCAUCGGGUGUGGGGAGCAAAGCCCAGGCCCUGCCAUGGGAAGCGGGGUGCAGGACGCCAGCACAGGAGCCAGGCUGGGUUGGGUUGCGCUGUGUCUUGGGUCAGAGCUGUCGGGAGCUGAGUGUUCCAGCUCCUUCCUGACCGGAUCAUUGUCUUGGUCGCUGAACUGUGAGCCCCGGAUGAGCGAAGGGAUGUGCUGUCUGCCUCCGUGUGAUGCAGCGCUCAGGGAGGGGCCUGCGGGCCGUCUUCUGCUUGACGUGCUGCCCUGGGACCAGCCUGCCCUCCGUGCUGCUGCUGGGGAGCCUGUGGCGCCCAGCCCCUCACCUCCCCGACCCCGAGGUCACCCUCACCUCCCCUGACCCCGAGGUCACACCUCCUGUGACCCCCAAGGUCACCCUCACCUCCCCUGACCCCGAGGUCACCCUCACCUCCCCGACCCCGAGGUCACCCUCACCUCCCCUGACCCCAAGGUCAUACCUCCUGUGACCCCCAAGGUCACCCUCACCUUCCCAACCCUGAGGUCACCCUCGCCUCCCCUGACCCUGAGGUCACACCUCCUGUGACCCCCAAGGUCACCCUCACCUUCCCAACCCCGAGGUCACCCUCACCUCCCCUGACCCUGAGGUCACACCUCCUGUGACCCCCAAGGUCACCCUUACUUCCCCUGACCCCGAGGUCACCCUCACCUUCCCGACCCUGAGAUCACCCUCACCUCCCCUGACCCCAAGGUCACACCUCCUGUGACACCCAAGGUCACCCUUACCUCCCCUGACCCUGAGGUCACCCUCACCUCCCCUGACCCUGAGGUCACCCUCGCCUCCCCUGACCCCGAGGUCACCCUCGCCUCCUCUGACCCUGAGGUCACCUUCGCCUCCCCUGACCCCGAGGUCACCCCAACUCCUCUGACCCCGAGGUCACCCUCACCUCCCCUGACCCCGAGGUCACCCUCUACUCCUUGCAGUGAGCAUGCGUGUCGUCUUGUCCUCUCAGAACCAUGGGUGCCACCCUGUGGGCUGUGAGACCACGCGAGGCCGUCCUGUGCGUCCCCGUGUGAGUUCACAGAGCUCACUUGGAGAGGUCUGUGCCACACCUGCACAGCACACAGCCAGGUGUCCUGAGGCCAGGUGCCGGAGAGCUCCCCUCCCCCACCCCUGCAUUGCCUCUCACUGAGCCCUACGUGCGCAGGUGCACAGACUCCUGGUGACAGCUUUCCAGGUGCAGGAGGUCUGGAGGGACAGGGGCCAGAUCGGCUGUGGCCACAGCCUUUGCGGCUCUGUGGUCGUCCAUGUCUGCAGUGGACUUGAGUGUGAACCGGCAGGUGUUUCCUGGGUGGCCACGGCCUUGCGGUUCUGUGGUCGUCCAUGUCUGCAGUGGACUUGUGUGCAAGCCGGCAGGUGUUUCCUGGGUGGCCACGGCCUUGCGGCUCUGUGGUCGUCCAUGUCUGCAGUGGACUUGUGUGCAAGCCGGCAGGUGUUUCCUGGGUGGCCACAGCCUUUGCAGCUCUGUGGUCGUCCGUGUCUGCAGUGGACUUGUGUGCAAGCCAGCAGGUGUUUCCUGGGUGGCCACAGCCUUUGCGGCUCUGUGGUCGUCCGUGUCUGCAGUGGACUUGUGUGCAAACCGGCAGGUGUUUCCUGGGUGGCCACGGCCUUUGCGGCUCUGUGGUCGUCCAUGUCUGCAGUGGACUUGUGUGCAAGCCGGCAGGUGUUUCCUGGGUGGCCACGGCCUACGUGGGUCUGUGGUCGUCCGUGUCUGCAGUGGACUUGUGUGCAAACCGGCAGGUGUUUCCUGGGUGGCCACGGCCUACGCGGCUCUGUGGUCGUCCGUGUCUGCAGUGGACUUGUGUGCAAGUCGGCAGGUAUUUCCUGGGCACAGACCCAUGGCCGCAUAAAUGGAGACACAGAGCUGUAUUCUGUGAUUCAGAUAGGAGAGGUGCAAGUUCACAAGCAGAGCACAGUGGUGUGGCAGUGUGAUGUGUGUGCCUCUGAGUACGUGUGAGUGUGUGCACAGGUAUGUGUGUAUACGUGCAUGUGUGUAUGUGCGAGUUUGUGGAUUUGUGUAUGAAUGUGUGUGUGCACGUGUGUAUGUCUACAUAUGUAUGCACAUGUUAGUAUAUGUGUGUGUAUGCGAGUCUGGAUCUGUGUAUGAGUGUGUGUGCGUGGGUAUGUGUAUAUGUAUAUGUGUGAGUAUGUGAAUUUGAGCUGUGUGUGUGCAUGUAUGUGUCUAAGUGUGUGUAGUAUUUGUGAGUGUAAAUGUGUUUCUAAGUGUGUGUGUAUUUGUGUGCAUGUGUAUGUGUGCAUAUGUGUAUAUGUGUCCAAGUGUGUGUAGUAUUUGUGCUUAUGUUAGUGUAAAUGAGUGUGUCUAAGUGUGUAUGUGUGCAUAUCUGUGUAUGAGUGUGCACAUGCAUGUAUCUAAGUGUGUGUAGUGUUUGUGUCUAUGUGAAUGUAAAUAUGUAUUGUAUGUGUUUCUAAGUGUGUGUGCAUAUAUAUGUAUGUGUGCAUGUGUUUAUGUAUGAGUAUCUGUGUAUAAGAGUGUGUAUCUAAGCAUGUAUGUGCAUAUAUGUUACAUAGAUCUCAACAGAGUUCAUAUUUAAAUAAUUAGAGGAAUUAAGCAAUUAAGAUCCCAAUUUAGUUCAGGUCAGUAUUACUAAUUCCCCUUGUGGGCUAUGGUUAUAAAGAUUAAUGCCCCAAACUGGAGCUGAGAGGGCACAUCUUUAACUUUUUUUAAAAAGAUUUUUUUUUAUUUGAGAGGCAGAGUUACAGAUAGAGGUAGAGGCAGAGGCAGAGGCACAGAGAGAGAGAGAGAGAGAGAGAGGUCUUCCAUCCUCUGGUUCGCUCCACAGUGGCUACAAUGGCCGAAGCCAGGAGCCAGGAGCUUCUUCCAGGUCUCCCACGUGGGUGCAGGGGCCCAAGCACUUGGGCCAUCUUCCACUGCUUUCCCAGGCCACAGCAGAGAGCUGGAUUGGAAGUGGAGCAGCCAGGACUCAAACCAGCACCUGUAUGGGAUGCUGGUGCCACAGGCAGAGGAUUAACCCACUCAGUACAGCACCAGCCUCUAUCUUUAAAUCUAACUGAUGUAUUUAUUCUUGAUCUCUGUGUAGUUGGAUUGUGGGCAUGAUUGGCUCAUGUCUUGUCUUUUUAAGUUAGCAUGUGUUUUUCCAACUUCUCUGUAAAUAAUUUCUGAUGUAUUGGUAUUUACUUUGUUUUCUUUCUUCUCAAUAUGUUGGCAAUGUGAGUUUUUUUCCGGUGUGAUCAGGGACCAGAAUCCCUUGGUUAUCUUGUUACUCUUGUGUGAGGGCUUGGCAUGCAUUCGUUUAACCUUGCCUCAGUUUUUUUCCGGUGUGAUCAGGGACCAGAACUCCUUGGUUAUCUUGUUACUCUUGUGUGAGGGCUUGGCAUGCAUUAGUUUAACCUUGCUUCAGUCUUUCUGGCCCUGUUAGGAAGAUGCAGGAGGACUAAGUCCCUGGAACUGUCGGGCUUGCUCAUGAACCUGACACAUGCCAGCGUGUGAUGGGCGUGGUAACUCGGGGCACACCUGGACAGUGUGAUUACAUCGAGAGAUGCCACUACCCAGCUCCUUGCUUGCGGCGUUAACGCAGCCCCUGGGAGUGACGGCGCCCGUCGAGGCGGCCGUCUGAGGCUGAUGCCGCUUUUACUUCCGCAUUUCUGAGGUUGUUUCCUACAAGCGGGACUGGAGAGGACCCCGGCAUGCCUGGCGACAGGAACCUGGUGACUGUGUCGUCAGCCUUGCCGGCCGCCUGUUUCCCAGCGUGUGUUGCCUGGGCCGUGGAUGCCUCGCUCUGGCCACGGCCAAGUCUGGCUCCCGCCCCGUCCCACUGUUCUCUGCGGCCUUGGGGGAGUGGGCACCCAGUGGCUCUGUGGCCACGGUAGCUCUUCCUGCCGUGACUCCCAGAGACGGAAGCAUCCGUGUGUGCACGAGUAGAUACAGUGUUUCCCGUCAGCCGCCUUGUACCACGCAGAGGUAACACAGGCGUCCCGGCAAGGACAGUGUCGCUUCCCAGGUGUUUGUCUGCAUUGUAUCAGUGCAACAUCUUAAUAUUCUUAUUUAAUUUUUUUAAAAGAUGCAUUUAUUAUUUAUUUGAAAGGCAGAGUUACAGAGAGAGGGGGACAGGUCUUCCAUCCUCUGGUUCACUCCCCACAUGGCUGCACGGCCAGAGCUGGGUCAGGUUGCAGCCAGGAGCCUGGAAUGUCAUCCCGUGCCUCCCACUGGCACCGUGGGACGCCGGCGUGGCAGACAGAGGCUUAGCUGCCAUGCCACAAUGCCGGCCCCACAGAAGCCUCGUCUUGGGGCAGGCUGCUGUGGUUUUCCAGAAGAGAGGGACGCGGGGUGGCUGCUCUGCUGCCACAAGCAUCGUGAAUGAUACCAUCCUGGGGAAGCAGGAACGUUGUCCCCUCACGGGACCGUGUGCCGUGUCCAGUGUGUGCCGGGCAGGGUAGCCUGCAGUGGUGGAAGAAGCCAGGAGCGCUGGGCGUUCUCUGCCGAGGGCUGCCCUGGGAGCCACCCCCAUGGCCUUGAGUGUCUCUAUAUCAGGGGCCCCACAGAAAGAUCCAGAACACCGGCCGCCACCCUCCGGGCCACGCCCCCUGGGCCGCACAGGAAGGUCACGGGGGACGCUGCGGGGUCUGACGGACGCUGUGCUACGAAACGGUAAAAUGUCCUCUCUG